UUCUACAGAGACUCUGACACCAACAUGCUCUUGUUCCUCUUCUUGUUUGGUCUGGCUCUGGGUGCUGAGCCUCCUUCAGAAGACCAGCAAGUGAAGCUUCAGCGUGCUAACUGUCCCAAGUUCUGGUACAGCUUCAACGGCCGCUGCUACAAGUACGUCGCCACACGAAUGACCUGGGCUGAUGCAGAGCUCCACUGUUUGUCACAGAGAGCCAACCUGGUGUCUAUCCACAGUCUGGAAGAAAACAAUUUUGUCAAAUCCCUGAUUGAGAACUUUGACCCUGCUAAGGGAGAGACCUGGAUCGGACUCAGUGACGUCCAGAAAGAAGGCAGGUGGAUGUGGUCUGAUGGGUGUGUUGUCAACUAUGUCUUUUGGUAUGCAGGACAGCCAGACAAUCAUGGAGGUGAACACUGUGGACACAAAAACGUUGGCACAGAUUCAAAAUGGAAUGACCGUCCAUGUUCUCGUACAUUACAGUUUGUUUGUGCAUCUCGCAUAAUGUGUCCUUAAUAAACAAGCAUUAUUUGUGAGAUUCAACCCAGUGACUUUCCACCUGUUGCUGUGUAGUUCUGCAUUGUGACUGCAUUCAGUUCAGUUCAACUGUAUUUGUAUCGCCCAAAAUCACAAAUUUGCCUCAGUGUUUUAC